UUCGUGAAUUGGCCAUUCACAAAUUAUGCCCGUAAUGCACUUCGUUCUCGUCGCAGCUGACAGCGUCCCUAAUGCUGCAACGAUUCGUCAUGAUGCCUUGCUCUUAAACGCGGUCAGCUCAACGGAUCUGCAAGAGUAGGUGACUUCGUCGUGCGGCAGUGGUCCUUCAAAUUUUCUACUCUUCCAAACAUCACACGAAAAAAAGAGCAAGAUGGCAUUUACACCUUACUCUGCACCCCCUACAUCUGACAUAUCCCCAGUCAUUGGAGAAGUCAAUGACGAGACGACUUGGCCUCCAUACAAUCCUCGUCGCAAGCCGGGCCAAACUGUCUAUGUAAUCACCGGUGCAAAUCGAGGUCUGGGACUCGCCCUAACCACGACCCUCGCACUCCGUCCUAACACAGUCGUUUUCGCCUGCAUCCGUACUUUCACCCCGGAAACGACUGAGAUUCUCACCUCACUCCCUGUGGGUCAAGACAGCUACGUAGCGCCCCUUGAAAUUGACGCCACAGUCCCCCUACACGCCAAACAAGCCGUUGAAGUCAUCUCUCGAAUCCACGGCUACAAUCACGUUGAUGCAGUCAUCGCAAAUAGUGGCAUGAGCGACUACUACGGCACCGCAGCCGAGACGCCCCUAGAAGCCCUCCGCACACACUUCGAAGUCAACACCAUCGGCCCUCUAGCCCUUUUCCAAGCCUUCUUGCCUCUUCUUCUCCAAUCCGCACACCCAAGAUUCGUGGCCAUGAGUUCAGGCGCUGCGAGUUUGAACGACAUGGAACACAUGCCCUUGAUGCCCGUUACUGCCUAUGGCGCAAGCAAAGCAGCUCUAAACUACAUCGUGAGGAAGAUACAUUUCGAGAACUUGGGCGUGUGCAGCUGGGUUUUGAGCCCCGGUUGGGUGAGGACUGAGAUGGGAAAUCAUGGUGCUGAAGUGGUGGGAAUGGAAAGGGCGCCUGUUUCGUUGGAGCAGAGUGUUGAAGCUAUGAUUGAGAAGAUUGAUAGCGCGACAAAGGAAGACACUUCUGGGACUUUUCAGUCGUUUGAUGAUACUAAGCCUGAAUGGUGAUAGUACUGUUCUUUGGAGUCGCCGAGUAUAGCUGUUUCGGAGGAUCUGUUGC